AUGAAGUUGAAGUGGGACAUUUCCCGUCGAUUUCAGAUUUUCGCGUCAGGGCCACGGUUACCGCGACUUUCAGAUUUGAAUGUUGGUACUAAGAAGGUUCGGAUUCAUCCGUUGCGAAUUGGUGUGAUGCAGUGGCGGGGGUUUUGGGGAUACUCAUGGCACACUGAGAUCUUGAGAUCUGCGGCGCGUCCUGAUUUUUCUGUGUAUGAUGCUUGCAUUCGUUUUGAUACCAAAAAGCAUCGGAUAGUACGAGAAUAG